AGCCAACAGUUGCGCUCGGUGUUUGUCGUUUUAAAGCGGUAAACUGCUGAAUGAGAGGACAUUUUAUUUUUAACAACCCUUAUUCUAUUUUGAUUUUGAAUAUGGAAACCAGCUUGUCAUUUCUUUUUGAAUUGCAGUGAAAUUAAAAAUGAACGAGGCGCUCAGGGAACGACCGACAUCAGUUCUUCCUGACAGAAAAUAAUGUCCCUGGACUGUAGCGCAUUGAUUAUUGAGUCCGCGCGUCAUUUCCACGCUGUUUUGAGCUGUUUCCUCGUUUAAGCGACGGUUAUUCUGUGAUAUAUAAUGGCCAUGUCAGUCUCGGAGAGAAACUCUGGAUCUGAGGAGAAGGAAGAGGAGAGCGAGGAUGAGAGUGAGAUCGUGGAGGAGAGUCCGUGCGGUCGCUGGCAGAAGCGAAAAGAGCAGGUGAGUCAGGGGAAUGUUUCUGGCGUGGAGAGAGCUUCUCUGGCCAUGGACACUGAAGAGGGUGUUGAGGUGGUCUGGAACGAGGUUCUCUUCCAGGACAAGAAGGUCUUCAAGACAGUGGAGGACAAAAUGAAGGAGAUGUUUGACAACCUGAUGCAGGUGGAUCAUCCAAACAUCGUCAAAUUUCACAAAUAUUGGCUGGAUAUCGGAGACAAUCAUGCCCGGGUUGUGUUCAUCACAGAGUACAUGUCGUCUGGCAGCUUGAAACAGUUCCUCAAAAAGACCAAGAAAAACCACAAGAGCAUGAAUGUCAAGGCCUGGAAACGCUGGUGUACGCAGAUCCUGUCUGCCCUCAGUUACCUGCACUCCUGUGACCCUCCCAUAAUUCACGGCAACCUCACCUGUGACACCAUCUUCAUUCAGCACAACGGCCUCAUUAAAAUUGGAUCAGUUUGGCAUCGGCUCUUUGUGAAUGUGUUCCCAGAAGGGGGCGUCCAAGGUAAACUACACCAACACCGAGAUGAUAAGAGGAACCUGCACUUCUUCAGUCCAGAGUAUGGCUCAUGUGAAGAUGACUAUGCUAUUGACAUCUUCUCUUUUGGGAUUUGUGCUUUGGAGAUGGCCGUGUUGGAGAUCCAGGCCAAUGGAGAUUCAGUUGUGUCCAAAGAGGCCAUAACCAAUGCGGGCCAAUCAUUGGAAGACCCGCUUAUGAGGGAGUUCACCCAGAUGUGUGUGCGGCACAGUCCCAGACUCCGGCCGACGGCACAUGACCUGCUGUUUCACCGCGUGCUGUUUGAAGUGCACUCACUCAAGCUGCUCGCAGCACACUGCCUCAUCAACAACCAGUACAUGCUUUCAGAGAACUGUGUGGAGGAGAAGACCAAAUCAUUUGACCCAAAUGGAGUCAUGGCAGAAAUUAUUCACAAAGAUCGUCCUUGUGUUCAGCUCAAGUAUUCUCACGUUUCUCCUCUAGAGCUGGACAAGUUUCUGGAGGAUGUGAAGAAUGGCAUUUACCCGCUGAUGAAUUUUGCGUCCACUCGACCCUAUCCUGUGCCCCGCGCCCUCUCCAUGUACCAAGAACAUGUGGAGACGGCGAAGACCCCCACACCCGAGCCACAAGAGCCUGAGACCAGGAAGGUGGUACAGAUGCACUGUAACCUGGAGUCCAAUGAAGACACUACUAAAACCCAUCUCACUCUAUUCUUGAAACUCGAUGAUAAACUCCAUCGGCAGCUCAGCUGUGAUAUUAUGCCAAAUGACAGUUCCAGAGAUUUGGUCAAUGAACUUAUCCAUUAUUCCUUCAUCAGCGAGGAGGAUGGUGACAAGAUCGUGGCAUUCCUGGAGGAUGCUUUGAGCCGACACCGUGGGUCUGCUAGUGCCAUAACAACCAUAUGAAUGACAGUGGUCUGUUGCCAUCGCGAUGGACACGUGGAACCUGAGAGGGAGGCCCGCCAACACACAGUAACUAGGACUAUGGAAACAAACGAUCCAGUUUGUCAGUUAGAAUGGAUAGUUGAAAUUGGGACUGUGGUCAAAUUAAGAUGACAGAACAUGGCACACUGGCUUUUAUGACAAUGUGUGAUUUGACCAGGUUAGGGGGAUCCAAGAAUACCCAUCUAAGAUGAUUGUGCUAACCUCCCCGAGUCUCCAUCCAGCACUUCCAGGUGUCACAGUAGGAACCGUCCUUCCCACAAUCCCACGGGAUGCUUAAGGGCAGUUCGGCUUCUCUUGAAGAGAGUUGUACAGUAUGUGGUGUAGAAGGUGUCUGCUGUGGAGAGCUCAGUAGAUGAAAGCUAAUUUUUUAAUGUUCAAUAUUGCCAUUUUUCUUUAUUUUGUGUCUUAAACCCAGUUCUAUGGAAAAACUAGGCCAGGAACAUAUUCUACACAAGUAUGCCAACACAUUGCAAGUGCAUGUGCGUUUUUGUGUUACUGUGGCAUUAACAAACCAGAGUACUCAAGAGGGAAUGAUAC